AUGAAGAAUAAAUCCUUUGCGAGCAAUCAAGACAAACCAACUACAAGUGUUACCCCAUCAAGUCCUUACGUGAUCAAAGAAGGUGAUACAGCAGUGAUCUAUUGUGUAGUGACAGACGCUAACCCCAACACUGGGAUCACAUGGAGCUGGACAAAGACAGGAAACUCUACUGUACUCUACACGGGUCAGAACUACACAAUUCCUAACAUACAGAGAGGACAGAGAGGAACUUACCAGUGUACAGCUACAAACUCUAUAGGGACUUCUCUACCAGCCACAGUAAUGGUGGAUGUACAAUACAAACCAACUACAAGUGUUACCCCAUCUAGUCCUUACCAGAUCAGAGAAGGUGAUACAGCGGUGAUAUCGUGUGUAGUGACAGACGCUAACCCCAACACUGGGAUCAAAUGGAGCUGGACAAAGACAGGAGACCCUGCUGUCCUAUACAGGGGUCAGAACUACACAAUUCCUAACAUACAGAAAGGACAGAGAGGAACCUACCAGUGUACAGCUACAAACUAUAUAGGGACUUCUCUACCAGUCACAGUACAGGUGGAUGUACAGUAUAAACCAAUAGUACAUCUAAACUCAUCCAAUCCCUACCAUGUAACAGAACAUAGGGACGCUGUGAUGAUAUGCUCUGUGAUUGAUGCUAAUCCCAGCACUGGAAUCACAUGGACAUGGAAGAAGACUAAUAAUUCUGUGAUUCUGAGUCGUGAGGCGACCUACACAAUACCAAGGAUAACCAGAGAUAAGGCUGGGGACUACAGUUGUGCAGCUAAUAACAGUAUAGGGACAUCUAAUCCAGUUACAGUACAAGUAGAUAUACAAUUCUGUAAUCCUGCGUGUACAUACAAGUGGACAGGAGCGAGUACUAUCAAUUCAGGAAGACUGGAUCUGGGAGUGUUAAAACGUGAUGAAAGAGGGACCUACUCAUGUUCUGCUAGUAACUCAAUCAAGUCAACCUCGAGAAACCUCAUCGUUAUUGUCAACUAUCUACCAAACAUUGAUUUGUUCGAGUCUAGUGGUCAAAACUCAGAAACUCUGCCCUUCUCGCUAACAUGUAAUGUUGACAGUUAUCCGUUGUCCACCAUUAAGAUUCAGAAUGAAGAGACAGAGGAGGUAAUAGCAACCAGCAGUGGACAGGACUCCUUGGUUUUCUCAGAGACAUCUGCAAAGUGUUACCAGACUGCAAACUACACGUGUAUUGCUGAGAAUUAUUUUAAAGCAACAUCAUCUUCAAAGCAAAGGAUUGCCAUUACUUGCAAACCACGGACUUCAGAUGCCAAACCAAGUGUGAAAAUUGGAAUAAAAACAAAUGAAGGAUUGAAUGUAUCAACAGAUUUCAUCGGAUACCCUCUACCUAAAUUAUCAUGGACAUUUAAAAGAAAUUCAACUAACAACGGAAUUCUUAUCCCUUAUGAGAAUAUAACAGUUUUACAACUAAAUGUAUCAGCUGUUCGUACAACGUAUGUCAAAAGCACUUUGACAGAAAAGGAGUUUGGAAACUAUACAGUGACAGCAAACAGCAGUGCAGGAUCCUUUGAAUUUAUCUUUGAAGUUAUUCCAGAAAGAAAGCCAGACCCUCCACACAGUAUAUCAGUGAAUUGUGAGCUUGCUCCAGGAACUGCAGUGGUAAAGUGGUCAUCGAGUUUUAACGGUGGAGCACCACAAAAAUUCAUUGUGUCCUAUAAAUCUGCUCAAGGUAAUCAAAUCAAUUCAUCAGUCUUUUCAAAUCCAAAUGGAACGAUUGGAGGGCUACCAGAUGGAAUGCGAUAUUCCUUUCAAGUCAUUGCAUUUAAUGACAACGGAGAGACAUAUUCUGAAGAAGAGAAAGAAUGCAUAACACAAGUUAAUGGUGACAUAACAGACAGUCUACCACUGAUUGCUGGAGGAGCUUUUGGAGGAACACUGUUUGCUGUCCUUAUAGUUAUUGGGAUUCUAUUUAUCUUACGAAGAGUCCGACAAUCAGAAGGGAAAAAGAAAGAUCUUCAUCUAAGUAAAGUAAAAUUGAAUGAAAGAGAGGACACUGAUGAAGAUGAUGGAUUGAAAGACAACAUUCUGUAUGAAUCUGCUGGAUCAAGAGAUGAAGAGCCUGAAACAUCAGGAUCAGCAGUCUAUGCAGAAGUGAAUAAGAAGAAGCCAUUUAGUGAUAAUAACUCCAACAUAUUUGUGGGACAGAAACCUAAGGAAGAAGGUGCACUAUAUGCUGAUGUUGUCAAGCCAAAGAAAGGUCUUUUCAAAAAAGAUGAUAAAGCAAAGCAGAAGAAAGGAAAGAAACCCAAGGAAAAGAAGAAAAUACCAGAUGUUUAUGAAAAUUCUGAAGACAUUGCUAUGACCCAAAAGAACAAUUCCGACAAUGUGUAUUCAAAUGCAGCUGAAGGAAAGAAUUUGAGAAGUGGCAGUCGUGGCUACAAGAACCAAGAUGGGUUGUUGUACGUUGAAGUGCAAUUUGACCAGAAUAAAGAGAAAGGCAAACCCGUCAUUCAUGGUGAAGAUGAGAAAACGGAUUAUGCUACCGUGGAAUUCCCAUAUUCCAAACCCAACAGUGCGGAUAUGUCAGGAGAAGGAAAGAUUUAAACGCAUUUAUACUGUAUAUACAUUUAUCAGCUACAAUUUGUAAUUAUGUUUUGAUUCUUAGUUGAUUUGUUUUUAAGUUGCUACCAUAUACUUUUGAUAUAACUUCUUUGUUAUUUUGCUUAUAAAGAUAUGUUAGUUUCCUAUUCUGCAACACUGUUUCAUUUUUCUGUUCUUCUGCAUAUAUAUGACACAUCAUAGACUAAUACUAAAAUCAGUCCAAGAUAAAAGUAACACUGGAUCAGAUUUCCUAUUUAGUGGUAAUUGAAAGAGCAGGAAAAAUGCUUCUGAUGAAGUUAAGGGAAGAGAAAGAUCCAAACAUAGAAGAGGAAUAGGUGGCAAUGGUCAUAUUGUCCUUUAGAAAAAGACUUUAAAAACUGGUCAAUUGUACUUAUAAUGCAUAAUUUAUAUAAGAAUGUGUGACAAUCUGGUUGUUUGUGUCGUUGGUCAUUAUAUAUAUAUAUAUAUAUAUAUAUAUAUAUAUAUAUAUAUAUAUAUAACUCCUGUAUUGCAUAUAAUUAGUGGAAACUCAUACAGAAUGAUGCAAUUAAUUGAUCUUAGAUAAAGGUGUUAAUAAACUCUCGUGAUAUUUUUAUUGAUGUUGUAAAUGAAUUACAUUUUUUGCUUUUUAUGCUCUAUAGUAAGAGAUAGUUUUUGGUCUGUCUGUGUAUAUGUCCACAAAAACUUGAACCUUCGCUUAAAUUAAUAGUACUAAGACCUACAUGUUCCUUUUGACCUCAUUGCCUUGGAGUUUGACCAACUUUAGAAAGAAAUCAACCUUAGUCAUAACUUUUGAAUAUUUAGUAAUAGAGGACCAUUUCACCUAUGUAUUCCUUGUGAUAUGGUCUUUCUUUUGGUAUCAGAAUUGCAUUGCUGUCAUACGGGAGCAUGAGUGGGUUUUUUUCCUCGCAAGAUAUCUAUUUUAUGUAUUAUUUGAUUUCCAUUGCUGUGUGUAAUUUUCUUAUUUUCAUUAGAGCAACUAAUUUAUAUUCUGUUUAUUAUUAAUAAAUGAUUACUAUCAUUUCA